AUGGAGGAUAAGGCUGCGAGGACGAGGAAGGAGCCCUGGGACACCCAGGCAGAGAAGGAGCUGAGAAUGGAGACCAUGGAGGACAAAUUCCCCCAGCAGAACCUCGUGGCAGAGGCUGUUUUGAGCAGCUCCAUGGUGCCAGAAUUCAACUGGGAGGAAAAUCCCCAGAGAUCCCACAGGAGGAGAGGCUCGAAGCCCAGUCCAGGGUGCUUUAAGGAGGAAAGACCCACCCUGUGCCAGGAAGGUGGGCAGAGUUUCAGCAGAGCUUCAGAGCAUCAGAGCUUGGAGCUGGUGGUCCAUGAGCAGCUUUGUGACAGGGAGAGGCCCUAUGAGUGCUUGGAUUGUGGGAAGAGCUUCAGGAGAAGCUACAGCCUGGUCCGUCACCAGAUUAUCCACACUGGGGAAUGGCCCUACAAGUGUGGGGAGUGUGGGAAGGGCUUCAGUGACAGCCUGAUUUCCCACCUGAGGAUCCACACCAGGGAGAGGCCCUACGUGUGUCCUGAGUGUCAGAAGACGUUUCAGACCAGCUCCAGUCUCCUCCUGCACCACCGGAUUCACACCGAGGAGAGGCCCUUCUGCUGCCCUGACUGCGGAAGGGCUUCAAGUGCAACUCACCUCGUCACCCACCGGCGCAUCCACACUGGGGAAAGGCCCUACGAGUGUCCCCAGUGUGGGAAGAGCUUCUCCACGAAUUCUCAUUUGGCCCGACACCAACGGACCCACCGGUAAGGGAAGCCCAGCGAGUGCCGCAACUGCAGGAAGAGCUUCGUGCAGAGCUCAGAGCUGGUGGUCCAUGAGCAGCUCCAUGAUGGGGAGAAGCCCUAGAAGUGCUUGGAGUGUGGGAAGAGCUUCAGUAAGACCAACAUUCUGAAACACCAGAUGAUCCACACCGGGAGGCCCUUCAGGUGUGGGGAGUGUGGGAAGGGCUUCAGCUGCAGCUUUACAAUUGUCGUCCACCAACGCAUCCACACUGGGGAGAGACCCUACGAGUGUGGGGAAUGUGGGAAGAGCUUCAGCCAGAGGUCCCAACUGAUCAUCCACCAAAUGAUCCACACUGGGGAGAGGCCCUAUGAGUGUCCUGAGUGUCAGAAGAGCUUUCACACCAGCUCCACUCUCCUCCUGCACCAGCGGAUUCACGCAGAGGAGAGGCCCUUCCUCUGCCUCGACUGCAGGAAGGGCUUCAAGCACAACUCCACCCUCGUCAAACACCAGUGCAUCCACACUGGGGAGAGGCCCUACGAGUGUCCCCAGUGUGGGAAGAGCUUCUCCAGCAGCUCUGCCUUGACCCGACACCAACGGACCCACCGGUAAGGGAAGCCCUGCAAGUGCCCCAACUGCAGGAAGAGCUUUGUGCACUGCUCCAACUCCAUCCCCCAUGGGAGGACCCACGUUGGUCAGAGCCCCGGUGACCCACAUUCCCUGUGAUUCAUGUUGGGAAGACACCUGGCUGGUUAUCAUUUUGGUUUGGCCUUAAUAUUCUUCUGAUCUAUCUUUAUCCCUUAAAAACACCUGAAAUAGGACCAAAAAGAAAGAAAUUUGUCAGAGAUGUCUAAAGUCUCACCAUUUCACAGCUAAUUGAGGGGGAAUUUAUGGUUUGGGAAUAUAUUAUGGAAGAUUUGUUUGUCUUUGGGUGAUUUUGAGCAUUGUUCUUCAUCUCUCUGCAUUCCAAACAACAAACAACAGUCCCACUGAAAACAACGCAAUCUUACCCCAAAAAGCUCAGUCCCAUCUAAAUAUGGCUUGUUCUAACCUCAAAAAAAACCUCAAAAUCACUCCAUUCUUUAGCCUCUAGGGUGAGAUGGGGUUGGAAGAAGAUUGGGAGAAGUGGGAUCCAAAUUUGGAGCAGUGGAGGGGUGGGAUUGGGGUUGUGUGGGACUAGGUGGGUGGGAUGUAUUUU